AUGUCAACUUCAUCUUCUUCUCAAGCACCUGGUGGUUUAAGAAAUGCAGUUAAAAGAAAAUCUACUGCUGAUAAGAAACAACAAUCUCAAAAUGCGACUCCUUUGUCUACUAGAUCUGCUGGUGCUGGUGGUUCUUCUUCAACUAUGAUGAAAUUAUUUACUGAUGAAGCUCAAGGUUUAAGAGUUGAUCCUUUAGUUGUUUUAUUUUUAGCUGUUGGUUUUAUAUUCUCAGUUAUUAUCUUACAUGUAUUUGCAAAAAUUACUGGUAAAUUUACGUAG